UCUCAGCUUCAUACUGCAUGUCUCAUUCGUAAGCUUCUUUGGAUUAAAACACUUUCUAAAUGAGUAGAUGUACAUGUAGGAAGAAGGCAGCUUUGUGUCCUGGGAGGGACUAACUGAAGCGUAAGCAAUUGCGACUGAGUGCAGGUCACAGACGAGCCUCUGACUGAUGAUGGCAUCUAGAAUAUGUGACAGUGUUCUGGUGACUGGAUCAAACCGUGGAAUUGGACUUGAGUUGGUUCGCCAGUUGGUUGAUUCACCCUCGCCUCCAGUUCAGAUCUUUGCUGGUUGUAGAGAACCAAAUGGACCAAGAUCACAGGAUCUCCAGGAACUAGCUCAGAAGCACCACGAUGUGAUCACGGUUGUCCAACUUGACACGACUAGUCCUACUAGUAUCGCAGAGGCCUCAAAACUGGUGGAAGCCAAGCUGAAGGGCAAAGGCCUGAAUCUGAUCAUCAACAAUGCUGGUGUGAACAUCCCAGGAUCUCUAGCAGAGACGGGAAAACAGGAGAUGGUGGACGUGUACACAACCAAUGUUGUAGGACCCAUGCUCAUCUCAAAGGAUUUCCAUCCCCUCCUGUGCAAGGCUGCAGCUCAGUUUCCUCAUCAAACAAGCAUGUCUUGCAGUAGGUCAGCUAUUAUCAAUGUUUCCACACUGCUGUCAUCCAUCACCAGAUGCCCUGAGAAUUUCUCUGUGUCUCCAAUGUACCCCUAUCGGGUCAGCAAGGCAGCACUGAACAUGUUAACUUGCUGCUUGGCAGAAGAUUUUAAAAAAGAUGGCAUUCUAGUUAUGUCUCUCCAUCCAGGAUGGGUCCAGACAGAAAUGGGAGGCCCAGAGGCUCCCCUGACGACACUUACGAGCAUCAGCAGUAUGUUGAAAGUCAUCACAAGCCUCACCGAGAAAGAGAGUGGAACUCUUUUAGAUUGGGAAGGCAAAAAGAUCCCCUGGUGAUUACGGAACUCAUCUUGUGUGUUGUGUUCACAUCUUAAGUUUGACAUGUACUUCCACUUUUUUGUCUGUCUGCGGUUUGUCUGAGAAAAAUGUUUCUAACAGCCAUUCUAGUAUAAGACAUGGUGUUUAUUUACAGGUUCACGAACUUGUAAUACAUCAAUGAAAAAUAUGCCAUCAUAAUUGUGUAAUGCAUGUGAGAAAGAUCUCAUUUAAAAGCAUGAAAACAGUUUUCUUUUGUCUUGAAUUUUCCCCUAACUGAUGUUUGUAUUGCAGUCUUUACAAAUUAAAUAUUAGCAAUUGUAAUAAAAUUAGCUGUGACACAAUGGGAGAAUGGAUAAGUAAAACAAGGAAGAUUAGGAAAAUGUAAAAGAGAAAGCCAAAAGAAACAAAGCCAACCAGAACAUGCCCUUCUUCAAAUGUGAUUUCCAGAAAGGACAAUUAAAUCAUGUACACUAACAAAUAAAACAAUUGC